CACACAGUUAUUCGCAGAAUUGCCGUCUGGAGGGUACAUGGGUAGAUGGGUGGAUGGAUGGAUAAAUCUAGGAUAAACAUUGGAUUGGUAUCAUAACAAUCAUGGCUGACAAGGUGGAAAAGAACUCCCAUGGAGAGGAAAUGGACAGUGAAUCGAACCCAACCAAAAAUAGUAAACAGUGGGUGCGUCUGAACGUAGGCGGGACCCACUUUUUGACUACGAAAACAACCUUGUCUGGUGAUCCCAAUUCAUUUUUGUUUCGUCUCUGCCAAGAGUCAGAUUUAAUCUCUGACAGGGAUGAGACUGGAGCAUAUUUAAUUGACAGAGAUCCAACAUACUUCAGCCCUAUUUUGAAUUAUUUGCGUCAUGGGAAACUCAUCAUCAACAGAGAUCUGACUGAAGAGGGAGUUUUGGAAGAAGCAGAGUUUUACAACAUAACAAAACUGAUUCAGCUGGUGAGUGAACGAAUAAACACCAGAGAGAAAAGAGCAGCGGAGCGACUUAAUCAAAUGCAGAAUGGGAAGAAAUUUGUUUAUCGGGUUCUUCAGUGCCAUGAAGAUGAACUCACACAGAUGGUUUCCACCCUCUCUGAUGGUUGGAAGUUUGAACAGUUGAUAAAUAUAGGAUCUCAGUAUAAUUAUGGUAAUGAAGACCAUGCUGAGUUUCUAUGUGUUGUCUCAAGGGAAUAUGGAGCAACCAUCAAUUCCAAAGAAACUGAACCAACAGACAGAGCCAAGGUCCUACAGCAGAAAGGUUCAAGAAUGUAAAUGCCCCUGUCUAUUAGUGAGAUUCUGAGACUGUGUAUGUCACAGUAAUGACCUGCCCCAUGUCCAGUGGCCAGCCUCUUCAUGUGACCUCUAUGAAAACACAAUGUCCUUUUUAAGGGUGUGCAGUGCAGUGCUUAUACCCAAGCUGUAAAAUUCAUUUAAAUUUUAAAAGAUUUCAAUCAUUACCUUUUGCUUUUCUGCUUUGUUAAAUUUUGUACUGAGUUGUUGUUUUAAUUUUAAAACAAUGUGGUCUAAGUGGGCACUUGAAAAGGACUUGAUCUUCCAACUGUGUUUGAUAAGGCCUUAGCAUCUGUAGGAACCAUGUAUGAAGCAUUAAUUUGUUUGGCACACCCUUACUAUACUUAAUGUAACACCAUGUUCAGUACUAUGAACCAUCUUUUCCCUAACACUUAAAUUGGACACUGCCUCAGCAUGACUUAUCACUAUAUCCCCUUACUAUUGAGUGGAGCUAGUAUCUUGCUAAUUCUCAUGAGGACAAAAAUCCUAGACUUUAGAUGAAAUUUGCAUGCAAUUACCUGUAAGGUGUGAUUUUACAAUGUCUUUUUUACUAGUAAAUCUUUAAAGUGCAUUUUUAUAAUAUUUGUAACAGUUUUCACAAAUGUAUGUUGGUAUAUACUGUAAUAUUGUAAAGUUUUCUUAUAGAAUUAUAUCAACCAAUUUUUUUUUGUGGAAUUGUUUUUGUAGAAAUAUACUCAGUUUACAAUGUAAAUAUAAUUGUGAAAUUAAUAAAAACUUCAAAAAAUUGAUAACACUA